CUGAUUUUAUUGGAUGCUUACAAUUGUAUUUACUAGCCGGUUCCAAAAAGAAAAAAUGAUCUUCCUCUAUGACAUCAAUUGUUGGAUCAUGCCUUGCACAUCCUAAUCUAUUCUUCCAUAUGUCUGUACAGCUCUUGAGGCGGCUAUUGUAUGAUCUGAUCGUUGACAGGGAAAUUAUUCCUUUGUGCGGGAGAUACAACCCAAAUCGCAGCGGAUGGAGGCCACGUAAUUGCUCAAAGAAAUCUCGCCCUCACAUCAAUCACACUAUUCCCAAAUGAUAUGUACAGGAUUUGAAUCUUUGCCCGUCCUUCUGUGCUGCUGGCCAUUACUUGCAAUCACAGGUGAUCUAAAUAUUCUCCCACGGGAACUGCUGCUUUCCAUCGGACGUCGUCCACGGCUGUCGAAAUGUUGUCGCUGGCCAGCCUUCUUCCAGCUGCGAAAUGGCUCAUCUCUACCCAUACCGCAGCCAGUCACUCCUCAAAUCAUGCCCAAAUCUCCGAAUCGGCCAAUCCGUCCACGCUGAUGUCACAAAACGUGGCUACGACCCCAAUCCCUUCGUGAGGGCCCAAGUCAUCUCGAUGUACUCGGGGUACGGUUCUCCGCGCGACGUCCGGAAAUUGCUCGACGAAAUGACCGAAACGAAUGCUGUCAUGUGGAACGUGGCUAUCUCGCGCUUCUUCCGUGCAGGCGACUGCAGUGGAGCACGAGAGAUCUUCGACGGGAUGCCAUCGCCCAAUGGCGUCACAUGGUCUGCCAUGAUUGCAGGGUAUGCGCAGAACGGCCGUCCUCGUGAUUCUUUUCUUACGUUUUGGAGAAUGAGAAGAAGAGAGGACUUAUGUUCUCUGGUGAAUCCUAACAUUAUUGCUGCUGUCCUUUCGGCCUGUGCGCGGUUGAAAGAUCUUGCUCUUGGCGAGCAGGUGCAUGGAUACGCAGCGAAGAUCGGCACAUAUACAGAAACCGAUGCAUUUGUGGGAGCCGCUCUCGUCAACAUGUAUGGUAGAUGCGGCAGCAUGGGACCUGCUAGGCUGGCUUUUGACUCCAUGGUCUCGAAGAGUGUGGUGGCUUGGUCUUCAGUCAUUGCAAAUUACGUGCGGUGUAAUAAUUUUUCGAGCGCCGUAGAGGUCUUCAAGGAGAUGAUUCGUAGCGGUGCCGUACCGAAUAAUGUGACCCUGACCACCAUGAUCUCCGCAUGCUCAGAUAUCUCUUGUUUGUUCUAUGGAAAGGAAUUGCAUGGAGCUGUGGUUCGAAGAACAGCAGAGAAGGCCGACAUAUUUGUAUCAACUGCAUUGAUAGACAUGUAUGGUAAAUGUGGUUCCAUGUCCUAUGCUUGUCGGGUUUUUCAAUUCGAUGGAAGUUUUUUGGGUUGUUGUCCGAUCCCAAUGUGGAAUGCCAUGAUCUCAGGAUAUGUAGCAAACGAUCAAUUUGAUGAUGCUUUCUGUUUGGUCCGAUCCAUGGGUAGGUCAUUGAGAAGUGGAGCAUUGUUGAACUCUGUAACCAUGGCAACUAUCCUUCCUGUUUGUGGUAAAUCUGCGUCACUGCUUUAUGGCAAGGAACUUCAUUGUUAUGCUCUAAAGUAUGGGUUGGAUAAAGAGGUUGUUGUUGGCAAUGGGCUUUUAGAUAUGUAUUGCAAGUGUGGGAAGGUCAAUUCUGCAAAAAAUCAAUUUGAUAUGAUGAUUGAAAAGAAUGCGAUCUCAUGGACCACACUGAUCGAUGGCUAUGGGAUACAAGGUGAUGGGUAUGCUGCGAUCGAAGUUUUUGAAAGCAUGGUUAGAGAGGAAAAAGUGGAGCCAGACCAUGUCACUUUUGUGGCUCUCAUCUCUGCAUGUAGUCAUUCUGGUCUCGUUGAGGAAGGUCUUAGAUACUUUGAACUGAUGACUCGAGAGUAUGGGAUCAUACCCACUGAAGAAAAUUAUGGAUGUUUAGUUGAUCUCCUGGCUCGAGCUGGACACAUCGACGAGGCUAUGAAUGUCAUCAGGAAACUGCCCAUCGAGCCAAGUUCUAAUGUUUGGGGAGCCUUGCUUGGAGCUUGCAGGAUUCACGGGAAUGUUGAUGGAGCAGAGUUGGCAAUGCAUCAUCUGCUUGAGCUUGAACCAGAUCGAAGUGGCUUCCAGAAGUUGUUGUCAAAAAUAUAUGCUCAGAUGGGAAGAUUGGAUGGUGCUCAGAAUGUGUGCAAGGAGAUGAUUGCAUUGGGUGCGGCUAGGAGGCUUGGUUGUAGUUGGUUGGAUAAACCCUUCCGUUUAUCACAAAGAAGACAUGGCAAACAAAUCCAUCGCUCAACAGCGUGGAUACAGAAAUUUCAUAGUCAUCAGAUUGUAGUGAUCUUUCAGCAUUGGGAUGUUUUAGGGCGAACUGCGAAAGAUAACAUGCAGCUGUUGAAUCUCAGAACGUAGUUGCAAAGUGGAAAAUACAAGUGUAAGAAACACUAGGACUGAGAACUACACAUUGACUUCAAAAGUCCUGGGAGAAAAUCUUAGUUACAACACAAGAGAGCUGAAUCUAAAGCUUAACAACAAGUGUUGGAUGAUCGGCACGUUCCUUUCGAUCUUAAAAUUUGCCAGCAGAGGAUGUGCUUAUGAAGAAAUCUCCAGUUGGCUGGCGAUGGAGUUUUGCAAUGUCGGGUCGGAGGAACGAUAAAUCCCUGAAAGGUGCUUCGGCUGAGGUUGCCCAGUGCAGACUGUUUACCCUUCGUGCUUUAAUAACUGAAAGCUAAAGGCUCAUUAAAUGGGUCUAUCAUAACAAGCGAACAGAGUAUAUAUCUUGUCUUUAUUUUGUGUUUCAUAUGUUAUCUCGGCCAAAUAAAAGAUACGGAUUGCGACCGUGGCCUCAAAUUAACUAAAGUUGCAGAUAGAAAGCAUUUACUGAUCUGGAAACGUUAAGAAGUUGGAGUGCGAAAAAUGAAAGCCAAGAUGCCUAUUUGUAGUUUUAAGUUAUUUUUACAUCUUCCUAUGUACUUACGGUAGACAUUAGAGGACAGGAUAAUGUAUGGUUUCAUAUGUGAUUUUGUAUGUAUAAACCAAGAUUGCGUUGAUAGU